AUUACAAAUUUCCAAUCAACGAUUGUUUUUAUUAAUUCCUUCUAAGAACAAAUAUUUGCAUAAAUCAUUGGUGAAAAAAAUUUCUUUUCCCCCUUUCUAAAGAUUUGAUGGUCCUCUGUGUGUGUUCGUGUGUGUGUGUGUGUUUUUAUUAUUUUGACCACUUAAUGAUCUCACAAGAUCAAGAAGUUUGGUCGCAUAUUGGAGAUUUCACAUAUUGACAUCCUUUUGGCCUUGAACUUGUAUAAUAUGCCUUAUUUGUUCUUUCAUGUCCUGUUGUUCCAGAAAGUUUUGGUAGCUCACGGUGCAGCAAAGGUUAGUGCUUAUGUCACCCAUGGUGUUUUUCCUAAGCGCUCCUGGGACCGAUUUAUGCCCAAGAAUGAUGAAGGGUCAGAGAUGGGAUUUGCCUUCUUUUGGAUCACGGAUUCUUGCCCACACACUGUCAAAGCCAUAGGAAACAGAGCUCCUUUUGAAGUUCUGAGUCUUGCAGGAUCUAUUGCUGAUGCUUUACAAAUUUAAGGAGAUAUUACAUAUCAACUCUUUUCUCAGACAAGUCUGUAGAUUUCUUCAAGCAGACAUCAUUUUAAUUUCAACUUUCUUCUCUCUAUAUAAAAUCUCUCAACUCAAAAAUUGCUAAAAAUUAUCUGUUAAAGACUCUUUGUUGAAGCACUACAUGUGAGGCAUACAAGUGCAACAAAUUCUUCAAAUUACAACAAUACCAGCAUAGAGAAUAAAUAUUCUGCCAUUACAAAGA